UUUAAAUUGCAAAUUAAAAAUAAUUACUAAUAUAUAUUAUAUUGACAUAGUCUUUUUUUUUCUCAAAUAUUAUUUUGGUCGAUCAAAAUGUGUUGUUACAAUUUCCCGAAUCGGUACGACGGCGGGGUGAGUGUCGAUUGAUAUUGGACGAGAGUGACACCGGUACGUAUAUAUAUUCGUGUUUAAUUUUUUCCGCCCGUUUCUCGAGAUCGUGCUUACGCGCGAUAAACGAUAUCGAUCAAUCACGUCGUACCACACCGCCAAGCUGGACGCUUCGUUUGCGAUUCCGAUGCGGCACAAGAACGGGUUGAUCGCUGGCGCCGGUAAGCGGCUGGCCAAGCGGUCCAUCAUCGGGACGCGCGUCUGCGCGCCGUCCGGUGACGACGGCAAGCUUUGUGCCGGAAUCAUAGCCGCGGUCAAGACGGCCGCGGACGGCUCCGAGACAGGGUAUUCAAUUAGGUUCGACGACGGGACCGGCGGCGGUCGCGAGUACCGGGCCACCGAACUGGUCGGCCCCGGUUUCCAGACGCUGUCCGACCUCCGGCUGAUGGCCGGUCAGCGGGUGUACAUUACGUUCAACGGUCGUGAGAUAUCUGGUGACGUGGUCGUCCAUAGACCGGACACUGAGGAAGUCCGCGUCUCCAUCAUGCCGCACGGGCACGAGGGAUCCAUUGAAGUAAUAAAGAAAUUGGAUGACGUUCGCGUUUUAGAGUCCAGGAAAUCAGCUCGGUUAAUGGACCAGGAUACAGAUUUCGCUAGGUUGGCAGACAUGUCGGACAGGAAACGUAGUUCAUCCUCUCAGAAUGUUGUUGAAAUCAGCGGGUCCCGAAAACGUCGGCCCAGUAGUAGCCAAGAUCAGGAUGAAUCCCGUGAAGAGGAAAUGAAAGACGAAGACGACGAUAAUGAACCAAAAGAGGAAGAAAUGACAGAAUGCACUGCGGCCUUGGUGUUGAUGAGUUUAUCAUGCAGUCCCCACUCGCCGUCCAUACAAGGACGCAUUACGCGCUGCCAACAACCCGAGUCACUGUCCACCAGCCCGUCCACAUCCAGCGAAGGAGCUUUUUCGUGUCGUAGCUCGCCGUCACCACCGCUUAGCGAGUCCAGCUCCUCGGCCGCUUGGAGCGGACGCGGCCUGCCGUCGGUCGUCGAUGAAGGCAUCGGUUUAACUGAUGACGAUUUCGAAGACGUGCCCAAGCGAAAGAAGUCGGAUUGCCGUACAGUUUUUCAAUGCACUUGGCCCGGAUGCGUUAUGAUCACCACUACUGUGGCUUCCAUCGAAUUACACGUCCGCCAGAAUCACCUUGGACCGAGGCUUGACAAAUCUCUUUCGGAUGAUUGUACGAAUGAUUCGAUUGACGACCACGAAGAGGAAUUCUAUUACACGGAAGUGGAACUUGGCGCAGCUUCAUCACCGCCCACGCUGUCGCAUCGGGAUAUGGCCCGUCCGCCGCACGAAGGUAAAGGAUGCGCGCCCAAUAAGAUGAUCAUUAUUUAUCCCGAAUAUCAGAAAACGUUGAUCAUACCUCGUCCAGGAAGCGCUUGCCCAGUGAACAUACCCAGCACGCCUGGCAACACCGUCAUCAACUGGCCGUUCACAUCUCUUAACGGACAGAAACAGAUCAAAAUGAUGUAUCAGAACUUGGGUGGCCCAAGGUUCCCGAAUAGCCCUAUAAGAAAAGCGCGUGGUGAAACGAAGAAGUGUCGUAAGGUAUAUGGUAUGGAACACCGAGAAAAAUGGUGUACGCAAUGCAAAUGGAAGAAAGCUUGCACAAGAUUUGUCGGGUCUCUCGAAAACGCACAAUUGGCGUAAUGAAAACGAUACACCAGGUACCGCCGAUACCGACAAUCUGCACCAAUUUACGCUAACUGCCAAAAUUAAAAUGUUUUUCCUUUUAUUUUAUUUAUUUAAUAUUAUUAUGUUUUUUUUUUUUAUAUAUUAUUAUAUUUUUAUCAAAUGCUAAGACACAAUAGUGUUUUUAUAUAUUUUUUUUUCUAUAUCAACUUUCAUCGAGAUUUGUACCCAGUUUUAUGUAUAAACAAAUUUCUAUUUAAUGUUUAGUAAAAUAAGUUGUACAAAUAUACCUAGGUAUAUAAUAAUCAUAAUAAUAAUAAUUAUUAUUAUUCUACCAAGUUAAAAUCAUACAUACAUUAAGGUAUCUUAUACCUACGACUUAAUACUUAAAAUUUUGUAAUGUUUCAGUACUUGGGAAAAAGUUCCUAGGAAAAGUACUUUAUUCAUUCAUAAGUCCAUUAUUGCAUUGAUGUGAAUGACUGUUAUUGAAAUGAUAAUUUUUAUUUAUCUACCAGACAAAAAGCCAUAUUUAUAAAUUUAUAAAAGACAAAGUAUUAGUUUUUAAUAAUCGAAAACCACAAGAUAAUGUCCUAAAAAAAGCAAUAAUUUUUAAUGAUAAAUUAUAUUUAUAGUUAUGGUUAGACUUAAUAUUUUUACAUUUUAAAUGC